UUCGCGCUUCAGUUUUUUUUGUUGUUUUUUUUGCGCAGCUUUAGCGAGUAUGAUGUCCUCAAACUCCUCCCUGUUACGCAUUUGACACAUAACCAAAUUGCGCUUGGCAAGGGCAGGUAGGCCUCGUCAGGGGACCUGAUGAAAUAAACUGAUAUAGCAGCCUAUAUAAGUAUGGAUAGCCGCAGUCUUCGAUAGUACUGCAAAAAUAUAUAUAUACGAUAUUGAACCUUUUAUAGUGCCGUAGUGGACCAGUUGAAUUGGAUUUAUGUCGUUGGAAUAAGAAUCAUGAUUCCUCAGUCGAGCAGAGCAUUUCUCUUCAAGAUUGCUGGUUACUGGAAGCCGCUUUUCAAAGGCAGGUUUCUAAUUGUAACCAAUACUGUGAGCUGUGGGUGUAUGCUUGCCGCCGGCGACAUCAUUCAGCAAACCAGAGAGACACGGAGGGUCCCGGAGAAGGCACGUGACUGGACGCGAACAGGUUGCAUGUUUGCAGUGGGAUGCUCAAUGGGACCCUUCAUGCACUACUGGUACCAGUGGCUGGAUAAGUUCUUUCUCGGCAACGCUUUACCUGCUGUCACCAAGAAAGUCCUCACUGAUCAGCUGAUUGCAUCACCGACCAUGGGAGCAUGGUAUUUCAUUGGUAUGGGAAAGAUGGAGGGUCAAAGUCUAUCUGAGGGGUUAGAGGAAUUCAAAGAAAAGUUCUGGGAGUUCUACAAGGCGGACUGGUGUGUUUGGCCCGCGGCACAGAUGAUCAACUUCUACUUCUUGCCUCCUAAGUUCCGUGUCCUCUAUGUCAAUGUCAUCACCCUGGGGUGGGACACCUACCUCUCCUACCUCAAACACCGAGACAAUGUUGAAGGAAACACUGCAUAUGUCACUGAGUUGAAUGAGCCAGACCUGGAAGUGUCAGGGUCAGCAACCAAACAGUUGAAAGAGAAGCUCUAACAUUGGAUUGGUGUCAUUUGAGAGCAUCGCCGGACUUGAAUUCGAUGUCACUGACCAUGACCAUGGCACCAUUCUUUAUGUGUGCCUUAAAAGCACUACCUAUUUCAACAGUUUUAUACUAAACUAUGGUGAAAAAUGUUGCGCCUAGACAGUGCAUACCACAUGUACUGUAUAGUGCAUGCAUUUUCCACUAUAGCCUAAAGUGUUGUCUGGUUGUUGUUGUAUUUAGUGUCUAGUUUAUUAGUAUACGAAGGCAAUGUCCCGGUCAUCAUCUCAGUUGCUAAUCUACCAACCUAUUAAUGAGAGUGAGACUUGUUUCAGGUGUGCCACAGUUUACUUCUACUACUAUAAUGUAAUCUAUGUUGUUUACCCAGUCAAACCUGUUUAAGUAAUGACUGAUGUGCAGAAAGUUACACAUAUCAUUCUUGUGUAAUAGGCAUAGGCUAAUAUAUGUCUAGUAGGUGACAUGAAUUACUCCCCUUGUGAUAUUUAACGAUCCUAUAAUUUAUUUAAAGGAAUAGCUUUUUCGAGCAUCUUAAAAUAGUUAUAAAAUCUUGAUAAUCUUUUAUUUAAAUGAUGUCUUUUGAAAUCAACCAAUUUCUUUACUGGUAUGGUUUGAAUGUAUUAAUAUCGAAUAUUAUUUUUAAUAUGCCUGUAGAUUUCUUAGGUUUAUAUUGAGGUUGAAUAAAUGCCUUAUAAUACAGUAUGUCAAAUGAGUCAAUCCAAUACUGUAGCUGCAACUGAUCAAAGAUAAUGUUAAUCUCCAAACAAAAUGUAUGUUUAUAAUUGCAUUGUAACAACAUAAACUCCAGGGCCCAGAUUCACAAAACUUUCUUCCAAAGAAAUGUCUUAACUGCCAUUUAUUUCCGUAAGCAAAGUUGCUAUUUUCUCAAAAAGGUUAUUUGAAAUGUUAUUGCGUUAUUUCUUAUGUUUCUCCUUAAGCACAAAGUUAAGAAGAAAUUUGAUUAUUGAAAAUAAAGUUAUUGGAUUUGUUCUUGGAAAUGUUCUCAAUUUCAAGAUGGCUAAACCUUUGUCUAAAACUCUGGGCAGUAAGAGAAUAAGCUAAUGAAAGCAAUUGAACACAUGUAGCCCUUUUCUGCAGUCACUGGACAAAUUGCCCUCUUAUGGCCUCAUAGGUGGAAUAUUAUUAAUAUUUUUUAUAAUUAUUUCAAAUGUAUUUAUUUCAAAUGGUGUUUCUAUGUCAAAUGGAUUUGUUCCAUUUCAGUUAUCUGUCAUGUAUAUUAAGUUUAAUAUUGGGAUGCAAACUCCAAAUGAAAUACAUUUGAACUCUAUAUCUGACAUGGUACAGGUGUCGUCUUUUGUUUAUGCUCAUAACCAUGUGUGUGAGGUGUAUACUUUUGUUUCAAAGUAGAUUUGUUUAAGACUACCAAGAAACACUCUGUAACCCAGAUUUAACCCAAUGCUAAAGAAUGUGCAAAGCUGUCAUAAAGGCAAAGGGUUGCUACUUUGAAGUAUCUCACAUAUAACAUAUAUUUUGUUGUUUAACACUUUUUUUGGUUACUACAUGAUUCCAUAUGUGUUAUUUCAUAGUUUUGAUGUCUUCACUAUUAUUCUAUAAUGUAGAAAAUUGUAAAAAAUAAAGAAAAACCCUGGAAAGAG